CCAAACCACGCACGGCUCAUCUCAGAUCCACCUGAUCUGCGCUACUGUUAGCGAGGGGUCUUGCAGCCUUCUUUCUAAUAACUCUUGGGUCCCUGUUCCUGCUGCCAUCUCUACCUCCGCUCUCUCACACAACGUCACUCUCUCUCCCCGUCUCCCCUGACACCGACUUUCUUUAACUUCGUUUCGUUAUCUGGCUGGCCGGGUUGAACUUGGACUGGACUCCCUCCUUUCUGGUCGAGGUUCGCGUUCAUUUCCAACAUACACUUUUAAUCUUCGCCCUAAUACCGUUGACCGGCUGUCCUAUCCUUCAUUCGGAACCCUGCUGGUGUCUAUGCUGGAAAGGCCGUACUACUAGUUCUUGAUCGAUAUGGGUGAAUCAGUCAGUUGGAAUCGGCUGUUCGCGCCGCGGAAGCUCUUAUUCUACGUCAUCUUCUGGGGGUUCCACUGGGCUAUCUUCGCGGUAGGAUGGUGGAAACAGCAGGGUGACAUUCGGCUUGCGCCCCUUAAUGCUCUUCAAUUCUCGGUCUGGAUAUCUCGAGGUGCCGGUCUCGUGCUCUCAGUCGACACCAUGGUCAUCUUGCUGCCAAUGUGCAGAAACAUUCUGAGAUAUAUCCGUCCCAAGGCGAGAUGGCUACCACUGGAUGAAUCGAUUUGGUUCCAUCGACAGGUUGCAUAUGCUAUGCUGAUGUUCACCAUCAUCCACACGUCCGCACAUUAUGUGAACUUCCACAACGUCGAGAAGAGUCAGGUCCGCCCUCAGAUUGCUCUUCAGAUCCACUACACGGAGGCAGGAGGCAUCACGGGCCACAUUAUGCUGUUCUGCAUGCUGCUCAUGUACACCACGGCCCACCACAGGAUCCGACAGCAGUCAUUUGAGACCUUCUGGUACACCCAUCACCUCUUCGUGCCGUUCCUGCUCGGCAUGUACACGCACGCCACUAGCUGCUUCGUUCGUGACACCGCCAAACCUUUUUCUCCCUUCGCUGGCAAGGACUUCUGGACCCACUGCAUUGGCUAUGAGGGUUGGCGAUGGGAACUUGUCGGCGGCGGCCUCUACCUCCUUGACCGUCUGUACCGCGAGAUCCGCUGCAGGCGCGAAACCCGCAUCACCAAAGUCGUCAAGCAUCCUUACGAUGCCGUAGAAAUCCAGUUCGAGAAGCCCAGCAUGAAGUACAAACCGGGACAGUGGCUCUUCCUCAACUGCCCGGACGUAAGCUACCACCAGUGGCACCCCUUCACCAUCACCUCGUGCCUCGAAGACCCGUACAUCUCUGUCCACGUCCGCCAGGUCGGCGACUUCACUCGUGCUCUCGCCGACGCCCUGGGUGCCGGACAAUCGCAGGCCAAACUCUACGACGAGCUGGACCCCAUGGGCAUGUACGAAGUCGCGCUCCAACACGGGCAGAAGAUGCCCGCGAUCCGCAUCGACGGGCCCUACGGCGCGCCCGCCGAAGACGUCUUCGAGAACGAAAUCGCCGUCCUGAUCGGCACGGGCAUCGGCGUCACGCCCUGGGCCUCGAUCCUCAAAUCCAUCUACCACCAGCGCCUCAGUCCCAACCCGCCAAAACGUCUCCGCCGCGUGGAAUUCAUCUGGGUCUGCAAGGACACGAGCUCCUUCGAAUGGUUCCAGACGCUGCUCUCGUCGCUCGAGGCGCAGACCGUCGGUGGCCCCGGAACCGACCAGUUCCUCCGCAUCCACACGUACCUGACGCAGAAGAUCGACGUCAACACGGCGCAGAACAUAGUGCUGAAUUCCGUCGGCACCGACAAGGAUCCCCUGACGGAGCUCAAGUCGCGCACGAAUUUCGGCCGCCCGGAUUUCCAGCGCCUGCUGUGCGGCAUGCGCGACGGCAUCCUCGAUCGCACGUACAUGUCCGGUCUGGAGAGUACGUUGAGGACGGAUGUGGGUGUGUAUUUCUGCGGGCCGAAUGUCGCGGCGAGGGAUAUCAAGAGGGCGUGUAAGAUGGCGACGUGUCAGGAGGUGAACUUUAAGUUCUGGAAGGAGCACUUCUAGGCACUUCUAACAGGAUGGUGGGAGCAACUGUGCUGCUGAGAUAGCUGCUUCUGAGGCUGAAGGGGUUC